AAGAUGAAUAGAAAACCAUGACUAUCAAUGAUGUUUGGUUUCCCCUUUUCUUUUCUUUCCUUUUGAAUUUCCUGUAAAGAUUAGAGCUUUUUAUUUAAUGAUGGGUGAGAUGAAAAAGAGCAAAAGAGAAACCCACCAUGACUAUCAAGAUUGGUCUUUUUUUCUUUUUCUUGAGAAUCUUUUGAAGAACAAGACAGUUUUUUGAGAAAGAUGUGCUCUCACGGAUUCGGAACAAGGUGGUGAUGGUUUUUGGCUCGCCUCUGCUGUUUGGUCGGUCCUUGUUUUGAUGGAUUGGUCUCAGAGUAGAAAUCUGAUCUUUUCUGCAAUAGUUAUAGAUUUAGGAUUGUCUCUGCUGUAGGCUGUACAGUACUGUUGUUGGAUGUAACAAUUUAUGGGUUUUUAGUGUUUGGUUUGAUGAUUGUGGGGAAAUCUGUGUUUAUGGAACUUAUUCUUGAAUCGCAAGCUUUAUCAUCAUCAUCAUCGUUAUCUGAGGUGAGGAAGGAUAAGAGAUUUGUGAGUUUGGUUUGUUAGAAAGGGGUGGAGAUAUGGAUGAAGAGGUGAGUUCUUGGAUCAGGAGAACAAAAUUCUCUCAAACUGUUUAUCACAGGUUAGAUUCAUCAAGGCUUGCCUCCUCCUCCAUUCCUAUCACUAUCCAUUCACCAGCCAAAAUUCUCCAAUCAUCAACAUCUGCAGUUGGUAAUUCUAGUACAACCAAACAGCGCGCAGUUUCACCUCUCCCGGAUAUGAAACUCCCGGAUACCUUCAAGGAAGCUCAAUCCAACCAGAAAAGAUUCUCAACUCCACUCCGGACACGCGAUAAGAGUGGGGUUGCUGGGGCAAAGUCCCAUUCUUUAAAAUCUUUGUUGACUUCGAGCCCGAAUCGCCCUUUUGCUCUUGUGAAGUUCAAUGAGAUGAUAAAAGGGAGGAAGGAAUCGGCAUGGAUAAAGUGCUUUGAUCACAACGGAGGAAGAAUUAUGUCUGUAGAUGCUGUGGAUGAACAUAUGGUUGAUCUUUCCGAGCUGUUUCUUGGGCUUCGGUUCGCGCAUGGAGCACACAGUCAACUUUACCAUGGCAAGUACAAGGAAGAACCAGUUGCAGUAAAAAUCAUAAGGGUCCCGGAUGAUGAUGAAAAUGGAGAUUUGGGUUUUCGGUUGGAGAACCAGUUCAUAAGAGAAGUCACUCUAUUGUCUCGCCUCCUUCAUCAAAAUGUUAUAAAGUUUGUAGGUGCAUGUAGAAAGCCCCGCGUUUUCUGCAUUAUAACUGAAUAUCUACCGGAGGGUUCAUUCAGAGCAUAUCUUCACAAGCUUGACCACAAACCUCUGCCUUUAAAGAAACUGGUUGAUAUGGCAUUGGACAUUUCAAGUGGGAUGGAAUACAUUCAUUCGCGGGGAAUCAUUCAUAGGGACCUGAAACCAGAGAACAUACUUAUCACUGAGGAUUUUCAGCUAAAGAUUGCUGAUUUUGGCAUAGCUUGCGAGGAGGCUUACUGUGAUCUUCUGGCAGAUGACCCUGGCACUUACCGCUGGAUGGCUCCUGAGAUGAUCAAGCGCAAGCCGUAUGGACGCAAGGUUGAUGUCUACAGUUUCGGGCUCAUUUUAUGGGAAAUGCUCACUGGUUUUACCCCUUUUGAAGACAUGACCUCUGUGCAAGCUGCUUUUGCUGUUGUCAACAAGAAUAAGAGACCGGCCAUUCCUAUGGACUGCCCUCCAUGCCUGAAGGCACUGAUUGAGCAGUGUUGGUGUUUGCAGCCAGAGAAGAGGCCUGAGUUUUCGCAGAUUGUGAAGGUUUUAGGGCAGUUUGAGUCUUCACUUGCAAAAGAUGGGACUUUAAACCUAGUCCCAAAUUCCAUGACAUUUCAACAAGAUCAUCAUCUUCAUAAAAAGGGCCAAGGCCUUCUCCACAGGUUCCAAAGGCUUGGUAGUCCUACACAGUCGUCGAACGCAACACCACGUUUGGCUAAACCCAGGUUUCCUUGAUGGUUAUGUAGUAGUUUUUGAAUGGUAGGUGUACAACAACAAUAUAUGGUCAUAGCAAUUUGAGCAUGCAUGGCUGUAAAUGUCUGCUAGGAUAGAGAGCUGCUAGAAUCCUAAUGUUGUGUCCAAUGACUUGCUGGAUUCUCUGCACAGGCUGUUUAUGGUUGUCUUGCAGUAGAUGAUGCUAUUUGAUGUGAAUGUAAUAAAAGUGAUAGUAUACUUUCUAUAUGCUGCUUGCCUUUGUUCUUUCUCCACUUUAUGUGUGAUUGG